UUUUCGACAAAACAGGAAUUUAUUGCUGAAAGCGAAGAUGAGAAACCGACUACACGGUCUGAAGCUACGGGAUUGCAACGAAAGUUGCAGCAUUUAGAAACAGCAAUUCUAGUCAUCGUUUGGAAUGUAAUUUUAGAUCGAUUUAAUGCUGCUAGUAAGAAGCUUCAAGAAUCUCAAGCUGAUUUAUCAUCCGUUGUACAGAUUUAUAGUUCUCUGGCUCUAUUUCUUCAGGACAUGAGAGACAGAAAAUUUUCUGAAUAUGAAGAAAAAGCCAAAACACUAUCUGGCGUCCAAGAUUAUUAUCAUACUCUGAGUGUGCAAUUGGCCGGACGUAAAAGUGCAUAUGAAAAGCUUUACGAAAAAUUUAAUUUCUUCGAUAAUUUAUCUGAAAUAGAUACAACCGAAUUGAAAAAUCUUGCCAAUAAAUUAGUCGACAAGUAUCCUGACGAUUUAGAAGAGACAUUAGGCAACGAAUGUAUUCAUUUACAUUGCCAACUUAAAGAUUCUUCAGCAAAUACGGAAGAUAUACGCUCUGCACAAAAUAUACGCAAUGUAUUACAUUUACGUAGUCUUCGAGAUGUUUACUCAAAUGUUGAUAUUGCUUUACGUAUUUUUUUGAGUAUUUCGGCUACAAAUUGUUCAGGAGAAAAAUCUUUUUCUACUUUAAAAAGAGUAAAAACCUAUUUACGUGCCAGUAUAGGUCAAGAUAGACUUAAUUCUCUUGCAUUAUUGUCUAUUGAAGCUCAACUAGUUCAAGAAAUUGAGAAUAAUGAUAUAAUUGAUAUUAUAAUGGAUAUUUUUGCGCGGACCAAAGCCAGGAAAAAGAAAUUUUGA